AUGCCCGGAAUCCAGGUGGCUGAGACGCUGAAAUGCGCGCAAGCCCUCUUCAGUCAAUCGGCUAUGUAUCGGGAUGAGUACAUAUACUUGCGUCUGGACAUUGCGGGGGCCUUUGAUAAUUCUGACAUCAAUUCCUUGCUCCGAUUGUUUGAGGAUCAUUACCACCCUCAGGUGGCCAGCUCUUGUCGCUUCAUGCAGCGCAUGAUGCAGAACCAGCGCUUGCGUUUCACUUUCCUGGGGGCAGAUUGGAUUGUGCCCAUGAUGCGGGGCACGGUUCAGGGAGGUACCCAUUCCCCCAAGCUCUUUGCACACCUGCUGGCUGGUAUUUUUAGCAAAUUGAGACAACGCUGGGAGCGCGGUGGUGAGGAUCCGCCGUUUAAAGCGCAGGAAGUUGAUCUGUGGUCCCUCUUGUUCAUUGACGAUGGCAUCCUCGCUUUUCGAAACAUGCAACAGGCACUAAGAUUGUUUCCGGAGGUAUUGUUGGCCCUAAACGCGGUGGGGCUCCAGGUUAACUUGAGCAAGAGCAAGAUCCUUGGUUUGGCAUUGCCGGACUGCUUGCCUGGAUUGUUUCAAGGGAUCCAAGUUGUGGAUUCAGUCAUCUUUCUGGGGGUGCCCCUGAAAAUAGAUGAAUGGGAUGCUCAUAUCUUGGGCUCGUUGCUCGGAAGAUCCACAGCAGCUUUUCUGUCAGCUCGGCGUCUCCUUGUCAAUGCCCGCAUUCCGCUCAGCAAGAGGGUCUACAUGUUUGAGGCUUUGGUUGUCAGCUCAGUGGGUUGGGCCCUGGGGAUGUGCGAGCCUACAGCUGAUAAUCUCCAUCAAGCCAGCGUUCAUGGUACAACUCUCAUGGUAUGGCUCUUGCGCCUUAGACAACAUUCAGCUUGGCAAGACGCGCAGCAGUACAAGGCAAUUAGACACGUGGCCAAGGUUUGGUCGGGGGCUGUGUGGGGAGGUGGCUGGGAUCAGCUGUUGGCAGUGCGUCAUUGGACUCUUCUGGGUCAUGUUUGCCGGAGUCGGGUCUCUAAGCUGGCUAUGGUAUUGACUUUUCAAACUUCCCAUUUCGAGGCGGCGGAGGGCUGGCGGCGGCGGUACCGUACAGGAGGGGAUUGGACGCGAUCCAAAAGGGCCAGAAAUUUCAUGCAGACGCAGUAUCUGGAUGUGGAAGCAGCGGCGGAGAUGCCGAGCGGAAGCUGGAAUGCGUUUGUGCCCAAGUGGCUUGCUUGGGUGAGCCUAGCUGGACACGUCAAGGGACACAAUGUAUGCAGAACGGAUGCUGAGCAUAUGUUUUGGUCUCGCCGCUGUGUUCAGGGAGCAUGUUCGGGGAGCCGAGUGGUGUUCUGUCGUUGGCAGGAUGAGCAGUUGCAAAUGUUGGUUUUCCACUGGCAGGAAGGGUGGCAAUUUAGGGAGGCCGCGUUGGGUGACAGUAGGCCAUUGGAUAUCCUGGAAGGUUGGCUGCUUGACAUUUGGUCCUCUGACACGGAACUCUUAGCCUUGCAGCAGCUGGGCGCCAGCCGCGCCGAUGCCUUGGCGGCCUGGACCAGCAGCGGUGGGGAGCUUGAUCGUGCCGCAGAGCUACUCCUCAUGUCCGGACAUGGCGACCUGGGCUCGAGCCUGCCUGUCGAAGACCUCCCCAUCGCGCCGGAGGGUGCGAAGACAGGCAACCGCUUCCAGCGCGCCAGCGCCGGGAGUGCGGCAAUCGAGCUGACUGAAGGAGGCAGCCUCCCAUCGACUGCGGCCGGAUCUGCCUCGACGUCUGCCGACACUGAGGAUGAGCUCUUGGCGCGGCGGCUCCAAGAGGAGGAGGAAGAGUCUGCUUAUCUGUCCACGGAGAUGUCGGCGUCCGAGCUGGCGGCACUCUCUUUGCACCUCGAUGAGAUGGAGGGUGCUCAGGGUCUCCUAGACCCUUCGCUCCUGGAAGCGCAGUUCCAGGAGUAUGAGGAGAAGCAAAAAGAGAUCAGCACUCUUGACGAUUCCUUCAGCAUUUUCACGCGCUUUCCAGGACCCCGGGGAGGUUCGGGGAACUACCCAUUCGGAUGUGGUGGCGCCUUGCGAAAGGCGCAGGUCUACGCAGAGUCUUGCCGUAGUCUGGGAUUUCCGGUUGAGCCGGCCAUUGCUGUUUGGCUCCGUCUGGGUGGGUCGUGCCUUCAGGUGCCAUGUGAAAGCUGCCUCCUACCAGCCUGCGACUUCCUGGCCGAAAGUGAAAGUUUGCGGCAGCUCGGCUUCCGGGCCUCCUACGCCCCCCGCGGAACGGGCAACGCGAACGCGCGCGUUCUGCGAUAUAUCCUGGAGCGGAACAGCUCUCUGGAGAUUCUCGACUUGGGUCACGCGGGAAUCGACAGCGACGGCAUUGAGGAUAUUUGCAAGGGCCUGCGGCGGAAUACCACGCUGAAGAGCUUGAUCUUGAGGGGCAACUACCUCGGUCCGAAGGGGGGACAGCUGCUCGUGCAGUUGGUCGCAGAGCUGAUUCAAGAAGCAGGUCCAGGAGGCUCCACCAGCCUCCGCAUCUUGGACGUGUCAGCCUGCUCCAUUGGUUCUGGCUGCAUUCGCCAGCUUGCGCAGGUGGCUGGUCUGAAAUCCAUCUACUCACGGACGGUGGCCUCGUCCCAGCAGGGGGCACCUCUGGUCAACGUGGCGGACAACUUCGAGACAGAAGAGCUGUGGAAUGCCAUCACGCAUGGCCUGAUGUUCUUCUUGUCUCUGUUCGGGAUGUGCCAUCUACUCUACCAGGUGGCCGACAGCCCAGUGCACCACAUCUGGGGCACCGCCAUUUUCGGGUUCGGCCUCAUCUUUUGCUUUGGCUCCUCCACGCUGUAUCACUCCCUGUUCAUGUACCCCGUCGCUGCACGAGUUCUGCAAGUGCUGGACCACGCCGCAAUCUAUCUUCUCAUCGCUGGAACGUACACGCCCUUCCUCCUCUUCUACUCAGACACGCCCAUGCAUGGGGAUCUUCUGAAGGCAGAAUGGAUCCUUUGCUGGCUGGGCAUCGUGACGCACAUCUGCUCGCAAUACUUUGACUGGGGUACCUCUGUUCCCUACCUUACUGGUGAGCUCCUGCUUUACCUGGCCAUGGGCUGGGCGGCCGUUUUGGCCUGGGAUACCUUCAUCAGCCAGCUUCCGCCGACUUGCUGGUUCUGGCUCAUGGCUGGCGGGCUGCUCUACACAGCUGGCGUGCCAUUCUUCGUACUUGCCGAACACAGGCCCAUCUACCACGUGGUUUGGCAUCUCUUCGUGGCCUUCGCGGCAAUCUGCCAUUGGUUUGCGGUGAGGGAAGCAGCCCUUGAUGCCCGGCAGAAUCACGCGGAGGGCCCCUUCGGUCCUGUCGAGUGGUGGAUCGAGCGGUUUCAUGAGAUGAAGGACGAGAUGUCCAAGCUUGCCAAUGAGACCCAAGAUCAUGGCCUCUACAGGACCCUGGUGGACCAUCUCAGCCUGCUUCCGAACUUGACGGUGGGAGGGAAUCGCUCGGUCUGUUCCGGCCGGGGUGGCCUGUGUGUGACAGCCUGA